AUGAAGGCCUUCGCUAUAUUCACCUUUGCAGUAGCAGCCGCUUCUGCGGCUGUAAUUAAUUCUACCCAGAUCGUGGAGGUUCCUAGCGGUGCUCUUGAGAUCACCAUCGAUGGUGUUUCAUGGGGCUAUCUGCUUGAUACUACAGAAGGAGUCCGGACUUUCGACGUCUCUGGCACUGAGUAUAACCUGCAGCAGACUAUCGUAACUAGAGGCGGCGUCCAUACAAUCGCAGAAUUGAUUCAGAAAUGGGGCAAGCCUGCCGCAAAGCUUUUCCAGUGUAUCGGUGCUAAGGUUGUCAGCAAUUGUGCAAGCCAGUUCGUCUUAUGUAGCGCAAGCGGCGUUGCGCCUUGGGUUUGUGCAGGAGGUCUCACAUGUGCUGGUCCUCAUGCGGUGGAGUGUAUACAGCAGUUGACAGGUUAA